AUGUCUUCCGACGGAGCCGCCUGGCCUGUUGCCGACCAGGCCCUUGCCCAGGAAAUUUUGGAUCUUGUCCAGCAAGCUUCGCACGCCCGUCAAUUGAAGAAGGGCGCCAACGAGGCCACCAAGACCCUCAACCGUGGUAUCAGUGAGAUCAUCAUCCUGGCCGCCGACACUGCCCCGCUUGCUAUCUUGCUUCACUUGCCGCUUCUCUGCGAAGACAAGAACACCCCAUACGUCUAUGUUCCCUCAAAGAUGGCACUCGGUCGCGCUUGCGGUGUCACUCGCCCGGUGAUCAGCUGCUCGAUCACCACCAACGAGCAGAGUGACCUUAUGGGUCAGAUCAGAGCCCUCAAGGACAAGGUCGAGCGCUUGAUGAUCUAG